CUUGUCUACCAAUUGUAUAGUCGGCUACAAAGUUUGAAAUUAAAAGGCGUUCUGUUUGUGUGGUACAUGAUUUGAGGAAGUUCUUGUUGUGUUAUAAUUCUUCGAUUACAUGUUGCUCGCAAAUCAUGUGAAAGCGUAUGAAUUUAAGCAGUUAUUUUUCCCUUGUUUUGAACAGGAGUUGAAUUAGCAUGAAGAACUAUGGAAGAGAUGCUAGAGUGUAAAGGACCUUCCAGACGGCAAAAGAAUAAAGUUGUUGAAAAUAAAUCAAGAUUGCAAGAACGUUCACCAAUCAAGAUAAUAACCCCACAAGAUCACAGCACUCCUUUGGAAGCUGCAAGUACUGCUGCAGUGGCCGAGUAUGGAGACGGCACUGAGGAUGAAGAUGAUCAGUUUGGUCCAUUUAACUUUUACUGCACUCAGGAUGCAAUGGCUGUGGGAUGGGGCUGUGGUUCCCCACAGCAGAGAUCCAGCAAAAAAUUAGGUUCGAAAGUCAAGAGGAAACUCCCAAAAGAAAAUUCAUUUGUGCAGAAGAAACAUGGUUUGAAAUCGUGUUCUCCCGUUGAACCAUUACGCCCUAGAAGAAGAUUUAACAUAGAGAAGCCUGCAAGUGAUUUUUCAGAGAUCAUUCCUGAGCUGCAAGUUAUAGCAGAUCUCGUUAACGAAAUGAAAGAUCAAAAUGACAAGACGACACAAAACGAUGAACGCUGUGUCGUGACCGCUGGCAAAAAGGAAGACGCGGCAGUCAAUUUUCUGAGGAGGGGCGAAGGUAGUUCUUCAGGUGGUAAGAAAGAGGAGCUGGCUAGUGAUGUGCCAGAGUACGAACACGAAAGGUAUUUGAAUGAAACCAAGAAGAUGAAAGACCAGCGGUGUGUUGUAUCGCCACCGCCAGACUUGAAUUUGUUACAAAGAAAUCAGCGUGAUGUAGGUAGUGAGACUUUUACUGCGUUGUUCGAUGACGACGAAGAUGAGUUUAUGUUGCGAUGUUCUCAGGAAAUAGAAGAGAAGUUAAAUGAAAAUUUACCUGUGGUUUGUAGUGGUAAUUCAGAGUUACCAUUACCUGAUUACAAGAACAAUGAUCGUGUUUCCGUAGAAUCUCUAGUCGGGAGUCCAAAAAUGCACAAGGCAGCCAGCGAUUUAAAACAUAUCGGUAACGGCGCGAAGAAACCGAACAGUCCAAAAGUAGGAACAAAGUAUUACGUACGGAUUAAAUCUGGAACGACAAAAUAUUCCAGGGAUGACCACUGUCAUUCUCAGGCUUCACAUAACCAUUCAAGUGCUAGAGUUCAAAUCCGUUAUGGCAGAACUAACACGGCCUCGGCGAUAAAUUCUAAGCCGCCUCCUGACAGUGAAAUUGCAUUCAACGACUCUUUUGAUGCCGUGAUACAAAAUUUAACAGAAGCAGAUAUUGAAAUGCUGAGUCAGGGUUGUGAGAAGAAACGUGGUGAUAAAGAAACUGGUAAACAAUCUUUUCAGAAGGCGGACGACAGGACACAAAUGAACUCGAAAAGAGGAACUGUACUGAAAGCAGCUGUGGGACAGUCACUUCCUGUUCACAGGCCAUCAUUAGUUAACGACCAACCAGUUCAUGAAAUUAACAGCAGUAGGCCGUUGAAGCACGUAAAUCAUGGAAAUGCGGCGAAUGACGUCGGCGCACCUGCAACCAAUAAAGCGCAGUUUCGAUUAAAAGUUCCUUCCAGGAUGUGUAAUAAUCAGAGUUUACCGGAACGGCUGAGCGCGGUUUCAGCCGUUCAGGUAAACAAACCGCAUUCGAAUAAAGUUGUACCACUUGUGAAUAAUAAAAUGUUUCUUAUGCGGCAAGGGCAGAGUGCGGCUGAGAAGAAUAGUUACGUCGCGCGACCCGGUUCCUCUGCCGGCUCGAUUUCGCUGCCAUUUCAUACGGCGCCAAAAUCACCGCCACAGAGAUACACGCCAGAAGAGAUUCGGAAGAAACGACUAGAAGCGAGGAAGAAACUAGAGAUGAAAAAGCUGGCUAUGUUGUGUGAAAAUGACAAGCAGUGACCUUUCUAAGGGUCACUGAACAAAUAAGACCUGAAAAAUGGCCCAAGCAUAGAAUCUCAUUUAAGAACUUACAUUGAGUAAAUGUUACAUCGACAGAAGUCUUAAUGAAUUUGAAGAUAUCGCAGCUUAACUCAACGCAGAUGGAGAGGUGAAAUAACCGCAGUUUGGGUAAUAAGAUGAAACAGAAUUGGGCCUUGAAGUAUAUGUCCACUGAGAAUUUCUUACAGCAAGUUCAACCAGCUUUUGCAUCAUAUUUACAAGAUCUGAACCUGAAACAUUCUCAGUCGGACUUACAAGACACGGGUAAGCGACGUUAAUGACUUUGAAGUAAUUAAAAUCUACACGAAACAUAAUCAACGGUCUCGCCUGUGAAAAUGGCAUAAUUUGAUAAUUUUCUAUAUGCAUUCACUAAUAUUCUUCUUCUUCUGUUUGUUGAAUGUUACUUCGGUCUUCCGGUGCCUAAUAUUUUCUUCCAUUCUUCUCUAUUUUCCCAUCCGUCCGGAGGUAGUCUCCGCUCUGUCACAAUUCUUGUAAUUCCGUCGUUCCAUCCUGGUCUCGGUCUCCCUCUCUUCCUUCUCUCUUUUGGUUGCUAUUUCAUAGUCUUCUUUGGUAACCUUUCCUCCUCCAUCCUUUGCAUUUUGUCUUUUCUCUAUCUCCUCUAUUAUAUAUCGGUCCACCCUCAUGAUUUCUCUAAUCCUUUCAUUUCUCACUCUCUCUCUCUUCUGGAUAUUCCAGCCGCUCUUCAUAGGAAAUCCAUUUCCAUUAUUCUCAACUUAUUUUGUUGUUGUUCCGAGAGUUGCCAAAUUUCUGCUACGCUUUGUACCAUUGUUUUAUAUAUUCUCUUUUUCGUUCUUUUUGUGAUAUUUUCGUCCCAUAAUAUUGGGUUGAGGGCUUCUAUGAGUCUCCCGAAUUAAUUUUUGAAGCAGUGGUCGUACUCAUUGCUUGAAGCUGCUGCCUGUGACUUCAAGGCUUAAAAAGAUCAGUAACUUCAAGCAGCCGGAUUCGGACUACAAGAAUGUUUUUUGCUACCUUUAUCGAAUCUGCUCAGUCGUCUAUGUCUGACGGAUUUUGGCGUGUUGUUGUGGAGAGACAAUAUGCCGAGAUCUUUGUCGCGUAAACUCUCGUUAAAACGUAGACUUUUUUAAACUUCUUUCCAGUUGUUGCGGCGUUUUCAUUUUUACAGGGGGAGAGUGUCAUCAGCAAAGGUCCAAGUGGCUCGUGGUGUCUCAUCGCUCAAUAAAAUGUCCGACACUUUGUGAGUCACUUGGGCAUUCUGUUCUGGGCCGUGAGGUACCGAUUGACCCUAGAUGUUUCUCGUGAUUAUUUAUUUGUUCAGGACAACUGAAACAACUAGUUGUCUAAUGUCUGAAUUUUCCCGAAUGUCCCAUAAUGAUCGACAGCCCUUUAUGAUCAAGGUUCUCCUCCUCUGUCUUUAUUCUUGAAAUAUUCUCUCGUCUUUAAUUCUAAAAACUACUGUAAAAUGGUCGCACGUGUGCACUGAUAAAUGUUUCUCGAAAGUUUUGAGGUAUCGAGCAGUGGACUUUUUCCGUAAAUGUAGUAUGUUCCUAUGCUCUGAAGAUGGAGACGGUAAGGUUUUCAGAUGUUGGCAAUACGGUCCACAUGUAUGUGUUGCUAUCGUCAAAAAUGUAUCCGCAAUAUUAUAUAGUUUACUUCCGACUAGAAUUAUUUGAUGUGAACGUAGUUAUAUUCUACAAAAGUUUAAGGAGUAAAAAUUUAAAUUUUUUUAAAAAACAUUUUUUAUAACGUCAUCCACAGUUGUGCGUCUGAUUAUUUCACUUCUUCGAGAUAUUCAUACGGGAGGAGAGUAUACGUAAAAAUGCCUCGCGAUAGUGGGAAAUAAAAGAUACCAAAGAGCUUCAGUAAUUUUAUAUCACGUAAUGUUGAAGGAACUGAAGUCUCAAAAUUUGAAAUAGCUGCUCGAUAAAAUUAAAUUGGCGAGAAAAGAAUUAUCGGAUCUGUACUCGGAUUGUUCGCCUUAUUCUCAAGAGUAGCGCUGCUGGUUCUCGGAAUAGCAUCUAAAGAAAAUGUGCGUUAAAGUCAAGUUUAAAUAAGACUGAUAAGUGGUUAAAACAUUUCUGAAUUUAAAAUAUUUUUAUAUUAUUUAAAUGUGAGUAAUUACACUUUCAUUAGAUUUAGAUAUACUUUGGCAUUUUCUACGUAACUUUUAUUUGUCACAAAACACGAUCUGCCGUUGUGGGCGCGUAAGAUGCAUUUUCUAUUGUGGUGAAUGCUCUGAUGUAAUCUUUACCACUAAUUGUUUUACUUUUGAAACUGUGAAAAUGUUUCGCACUCCAAUCUGAAUUUUGUAUUAAGAUUAAUUUCAUUUCUAUGAAGAUUAAUAAUUAAAAGGUAAACCUUGUAUUAUUUUUACUCUUUAAAGAAGAGGACACUAUUCUGUGUUCUUUAUUGUGAAAUAAAUUACGAAAGGAAAGGAAAGGAAAAUGUUAUAUUGUUAGGUAAACAUUUAUUGUGUUUAUUUAUCUCCUAAUGUUACGCAGUAAGAAAUUAUAUUUUGGUUGUUACUGUAA